AUACAAAAGGCUAUACCUUCCGUCUCGUAACAUCAAAUAAACAUGUUAUAUAGUUUUGUUAUAACUAAAUCAUAAGUAACUACGUUAUGUAUAUAUCUGUUUGCAAAGUUUCCAAAAAGUUAUAAGACCACAUAAGUUUGUGUGUUUUUUUAAAAAAAACAUGGAGGAAAAUGUGCGGGAUUUUUAUGAACUUUUAAAGACUCAUUCCGAGCAAGUAACUGAAUGGAUGACGUUCUUGAAGGACAUGAAAUCAAACAUUGAUGGCGAAGAUGGAUGUAACUGUACAAGUCGAUCCAUUUCGGAUCGUUUCCAUGGCAUGUUACGUUCAAUAUCAAGACAGAGUGCAUACCAGCCGCAGCCAAAGGCGAUUUCACAAACGAGGAGGUCAUACAUUGUUGACCGAGACGUUAUCGAUAGAGUUGCUUCUAUUAUUGAGGAUACUAAAUCAAAGGUAAAGAUCUUAGAACGUAAUGUCACAGAUGUACUGAAAUCGAUGCAAGAUUACUUCAAAAACAAGUCAGAACCAGAAAGGGAAGUUCCAGACAGGGAAGAAGCACCGCUUCCAGUAGUCCAGGUCUACGACCAUGGAGAUUACGCCGGAGAUAUUGUUUCCUCAUUAACGGAUACACUGCAAGAUCAGUUCGUCUUGGCGAAAAUACAUAGUUUGGCAGAUAUUGACAAAAGCAAACCCCUUUUGAUAUUAUGCCAAUCUACAUCAAGACUACAGCCGGAUUUAAAAUAUGCUUUAGAGGAGUUUGACACGUUAGAUGAUUUACAUGCUUCAAUUGUUGUGGUACAUUCUAAAGAAGAGCAUGCAUUGCCAAAAACGUCGUCCCAGCUGCAAGUUACCGGAGAAGAGAGAUACAAAAGCGUAAGCUUGAUUGACGUAGCUUUCACGAGCGAAUCGAAGUUUUAUCAAUGUAACAUGAAUUCAGAAGCUUUAAAAAGGCUAAAAAAGUUUGUAACAAGCACGGAGGCAACACCGGAUUAAUCAGUGUUUACAUUUGUCAGCUUCAAUGGAAACGUUUAGAAGUAAAUCUAAUUGUUUCAUAUCAAAGUGUAGAAAUAUUUCAUCACCACGAUAUUUGAUAAAUAAAAAAUGUCUUGACAAUAUUUCAUAACAGACAAUUAACAUUUGACAUUGCAUUAAAUGUUAAAAAUAUUCCGUAUCAAACAUUUAUCUCAAAACUGUU